CUGAUCUGACCACCACCCUUUGACUAUUCGAGGCUACCCCUUGCCGCUUCCGCGGACUCCGACGAUCUCCGAGACUCCGAUCCCUCGCGCCGGCGCCGGCCAUGGAGUUCGUCGACCCCUGGGACUCCCAGUCCCGAGCUCGCGUCGUCCAUUCCGGCGCCAACUCCACCUCCUCUCCCUCCUCCUCCACCACGGCCAGAGCAUCCCCCUCCCUCCCCCAUGCCGCAUCUUGCGCCGCCACGGCCGUCGCGCUCCUCGCCGCCGCGUUCUACCUCCCCCCGGCCUACCAGAUCUUCUCCUCCCUCCUCGUGUGGAUCGCCUCCUCACUCCUCCUCGCACCCUUCGCGCCCUCCUCGGCCACUGGCGGCGACAUCUCCGUCGGCCGGGGCCGCCUCCUUCCCGCCCAGGAACCGGCCCAAGAAGAACCGAUCCCGGACUCAGCGCCCGCUCCCCGCCGCGGCCGUCGCCAGAACCCGGCUCCGACGCCCACGAAGCCCUCAGAUCCGAUCGCUGCUCCCGUCCAAUCGGCUGCGUCACUGCAGCCGCUGCAGAAGGCGGCGGCUGCCGGUGGGGCCGCCGUGGAUGGUGGCGAGAGGGAGGAGGACGCCGGCGAGUGGACCGACCAGGAGCUGGAGCUCCUCCGGCGGCAGAUGGUGAAGCACCCGGCCGGGGAGCCCCAGCGCUGGGAGAAGAUCGCCGCGGUGUUCGGCGGCCGCCGCACGCCGGAGAGCGUCAUCCACGUGGCGAAGUCGGGCGCCGCGGCGGCGGGCGGGGGCUCGUUCGAGCAGUUCCUGCGCAAGCGGAAGCCGCUCGACCCGAGGGCCGACGGUCCCGAUGCCGGUGACAAUGCUGGCGGGGGUGGAGAGAGUGCUGAUGGCGCUUGGAGCGCCGGGGAUGACCGGGCCCUGCUGAACGCGCUCAAGGAGUUCCCCAAGGACACUGCAAUGAGGUGGGAGAAGGUGGCGGCUGCUGUGCCCGGGAAGACGAAGGCUGCGUGCAUGAAGAGGGUCACUGAGCUCAAGCGAGACUUCCGGAGCAACAAGGCAGCAUCAUAGGACAAUGCCCUUGCCUGACAAUUUUGGGAGGGUGUCAGGUACUCAGGCUGAAUGAGAUGCAUUGGCUAGCGAGGACAAAGUUACAUGGCUAGCUCCACUGAAUCAUGGAGAUGCCAGAAGAAUAACGGAGAGUGACAUAAUUCUAGUACAGACCAUGUAAUUUUUCCAAUUGUAACUAGAAUCAGGGAAACCCUUGAGACAGAUGAGAGUUACUAGGCUACUACUGGACAAUGGAAACAAACCGAUGGACAGGCAACAAACAGGCCACUGCAUGAUUUAUUCUAUUUCCUUUUUGGGAAAUUUGUUUGCAGGACACCAAAAGAAUGUGGAUUUGUGUCUAGAACAACGUUAUGUUUUGGCUCUGGGACAGUAGUCACUCAGUUCUGCAAUGUUUUUGUA